GUUGGUGUUCAUACUUAGUAUUGCGUCACUUAUCAUUUACUUCAUUGAUGCGUCCAGUGAAGUGGUGGAAAGAUGCCAAAAAUGGAGCAACAAUAUUACACAGCAAAUAGAUUUAGCGUUCAAUAUAUUUUUUAUGGUGUACUUUUUUAUACGAUUUAUAGCUGCAAGCGAUAAACUGUGGUUUAUGCUGGAAAUGUAUUCCUUUGUGGACUACUUUACAAUACCACCUUCUUUUGUCUCAAUUUACUUGGACAGAACGUGGAUAGGUUUAAGAUUCCUAAGGGCAUUGCGCCUAAUGACUGUACCAGAUAUUCUACAAUAUCUUAAUAUCCUGAAGACUUCAAGUUCCAUUCGCCUUGCACAACUUGUGUCAAUAUUCAUUUCUGUAUGGCUCACGGCUGCUGGAAUUAUUCACCUGCUGGAAAACUCUGGUGAUCCAUUGGACUUCAAAAAUCCAAAUCAUCUCUCAUAUUGGACAUGCGUUUAUUUUCUUAUUGUUACAAUGUCUACUGUUGGAUAUGGUGAUGUUUACUGUCAGACUGUUCUUGGAAGAACAUUUCUCGUAUUUUUUUUACUCGUCGGUUUGGCCAUUUUCGCAAGUUGUAUCCCCGAGAUUAUUGAUCUGAUUGGGACUAGACCCAAGUACGGCGGCACCUUGAAGAACGAACGCGGCAGAAGGCAUAUUGUAGUGUGUGGCCACAUAACAUACGAGUCGGUAUCCCACUUUCUUAAAGACUUUCUCCACGAAGACCGAGAAGAUGUGGAUGUUGAAGUAGUCUUCUUGCACAGAAAACCACCAGACCUUGAGUUGGAAGGCCUGUUCAAGAGGCAUUUCACUACUGUUGAAUUCUUCCAAGGUUCAAUAAUGAAUCCAAUUGAUCUUCAACGGGUUAAGGUGCAUGAAGCUGAUGCGUGCUUGGUGCUAGCUAAUAAAUACUGCCAGGAUCCUGAUGCCGAGGAUGCUGCUAACAUCAUGCGAGUUAUCUCCAUUAAGAACUACUCGGAUGAUAUCCGUGUUAUCAUCCAGCUAAUGCAGUAUCACAACAAGGCCUAUCUCUUAAACAUUCCAUCGUGGGACUGGAAGCAGGGUGAUGAUGUGAUAUGUCUCGCAGAACUUAAAUUGGGGUUUAUUGCUCAAAGCUGUUUGGCACCUGGGUUUUCAACUAUGAUGGCCAAUCUGUUUGCCAUGCGUUCCUUUAAAACGUCACCAGAUAUGCAGUCAUGGCAGAACGACUAUUUACGUGGAACUGGCAUGGAGAUGUACACAGAAACACUGAGUCCCACAUUUAUAGGCAUGCCUUUUGCCCAGGCUACCGAGCUCUGCUUCACAAAAUUAAAACUACUCCUGUUAGCAAUUGAAAUAAAAGGGGAAGAUGGUGCUGAUAGCAAGAUAUCCAUAAAUCCACGCGGGGUGAAAAUACAAGCAAACACACAAGGAUUCUUCAUUGCUCAAUCAGCUGAUGAAGUGAAACGUGCCUGGUAUUAUUGUAAAGCUUGCCAUGAGGACAUAAAGGAUGAAACGUUGAUCAAGAAGUGCAAAUGCAAGAAUUAUGUGGGGAUGAUGAUGAUGCAGUCAGGCAUGGUGAAAGGUGGCUUGAAUGCGACCUACCAGAACUAUCUGGAGGGUGAAGCAGGCAGGGAGAAAGAGGAGGCAUUGCUUAGAAACCACAGAAAUACCCCAACUGCUUUGGUGAAUUCAACAAAGCAAGUAAAUAAAGUGAAGCCCAAUGUUAAUAGGACUACACCAGAUAAUUUAACUUCUCCCAACCAAGGCUAUAACAGGCCUCAAGAGGACUCGACAUAUGCUGGCUAUCAUCUUGCCUAUGAAGUCAAAAAGCUCAUGCCAACGAGUAGAAACUCAGGGAGCAACAACAUGAACAACAAUGGUGGCCUUCAAGUAGGAAUAGCUGAUGAUCAAGCCAAAGAUUUUGAUUUUGAGAAAACUGAGAUGAAGUAUGAUUCUACAGGCAUGUUUCAUUGGGGUCCUGCCAAGAAUUUAGAGGAAUGUAUUUUGGAUCGGAACCAAGCUGCAAUGACUGUUCUCAAUGGACAUGUUGUUGUCUGCCUCUUUGCUGAUCCAGACUCACCACUUAUUGGUCUCCGAAACCUUGUGAUGCCAUUAAGAGCUUCCAAUUUUCAUUAUCAUGAGUUGAAGCAUGUGGUUAUAGUAGGAUCUGUAGAUUACAUUAGAAGGGAGUGGAAGAUGUUACAGAACCUGCCUAAGAUAUCAGUUCUGAAUGGUUCGCCACUGAGCCGUGCAGACCUGCGUGCAGUGAAUGUCAACUUAUGUGAUAUGUGUGUCAUCCUGUCAGCCAAAGUACCAAGUAAUGAUGAUCCAACAUUGGCUGAUAAAGAAGCCAUCUUAGCAUCAUUAAAUAUUAAAGCUAUGACAUUUGAUGACACAAUUGGUGUCUUAAGCCAAGCCCCAUUCAUGCAAAAGAAAAUGCAGACUGCAUCACUGGUUUCAACAUUGUGUGCAGCAAGUGAGCAAGACAAUCUCACACCUGUAGGUAGUCCUAUUGUUCUUCAAAGGAGAGGGUCGGUCUACGGAGCCAAUGUGCCUAUGAUAACAGAGCUAGUAAAUGACAGCAAUGUGCAGUUCCUGGACCAAGAUGAUGAUGACGAUCCUGACACAGAGCUUUAUCUUACACAGCCUUUUGCCUGUGGUACUGCAUUUGCUGUUAGCGUCCUUGACUCCCUCAUGUCUACUACAUAUUUCAACCAGAAUGCACUGACACUCAUCCGUUCACUAAUAACUGGUGGUGCUACUCCUGAGUUGGAGCUUAUCCUGGCAGAAGGUGCAGGCCUGAGGGGAGGUUACAGUACUGCAGACAGUUUAUCAAACAGAGAUAGGUGCAGAGUGGGUCAGGUAUCAUUGUAUGAUGGACCUCUAGCUCAGUAUGGUGAGACUGGAAAGUAUGGUGACCUGUUUGUAGCUGCACUGAAGUCAUAUGGCAUGCUUUGUAUUGGGCUGUACAGAUUUCGGGACACAAGUUCUUCUUGUGAUGCAUCAACAAAACGAUAUGUAAUUACAAACCCACCUGAUGAUUUUUCGCUCCUACCUACAGAUCAGGUGUUUGUAUUGAUGCAGUUUGAUCCAGGGCUGGAGUACAAACCAAACAGAGGGGCACGUGGAAAAGAUGACAACUCCUGACUGCUGCUGUGUAGCGCCCUGACCGAUGGACCCUACUCCUAUAUCUAAAACAUCAUCCUCUUUUGUCUGCACUGGUGACAAAUAGAAUUUCCUGAAAACAGAGUGCUGUGGCAGAUUCAGGGAACACUUGUGAUGUUGAAUAAGUGGUUUAAUAUUAGGUACUUUGCUCAGCAAUUUGAAGCUAAGGUGCACAGACAUUUGUUUUCAGACUGUGCUUUCACACUUAAAUACAUAUUUUUUUAAGUCAAUAUGUGAUAUUCUGGUUUUCUUCAGCAAUUAAUUUUCAUAAAAUUUUAAAGAAGUGGUGGAGUUUCUCAAAUUCAUGUUACAUUAAAUGUAGCAUGUACCUUAUGUAUGCCUUAUAUGGUUGUGAUCUAAGUCAAUAAGUCACAGAGAAUAUAGCUGUUGGUUGAUAUGUGUGAAAAUUGAAGAGAGGUCUAAGUAGCUACUGUGGAAACAGUUUAAUAUCUAUUGCAUCUUCACUAAAAGUAUGUUUCAGACAUGUACUCCCAUUUAUUUAUGAUUUAUUGGCCACCAUUUUCGUUGUAGGGAAUUGACGUGUCACAUACGAAUGUGUUCCUUAUAUGAAUGUGAUCACAUUAUUUUGUGAAAAAUUGACUUAGGCCACCAUCGAAUCUGUAUCUCAGUGCUCCAUAUGUGCAGGCAAAAUAAUAGGAAUAAAGUUGUAGGGGCCAUCAUUGCCAGGUAGUACUGAUUAUCCUGGCCUAAUUGUAAAGGGCUGCUACAUAUUGAAGCAAUAUAUACUGACAAUUUCAAGAGCCAGUUUUCAGCUCAAUAUCCGUUCAUAAUUAUAGCGCUUCUUGAAAAGUAUUGAACAAGGAAGUUUUACUAAAUGUGUUGUUAUAAUAAAAUCUCUAAAAUAAAAUAAAUAUUUUGUAGCAAGAUGGAUUAUAAACUAUUGUUAAGAAAAGGAAUUAAUGGCAAAUACUUCACUGAGAUUUUGUACUUUCAUUUUGAUAUUAAAUGUACUUGGAAUGAGAACUUCACAUGUCUUGUAUUUAUUUCAUAACUGUCAUUAGUUCAUGUUUUGCUAACAACAUUUAAUCCGAAUAUUUUGUUGUUUUUCUUCAGAUACAUAACAGUAUUCAGAUUAUAGCAGUUCCAUUAAAAAUGUCAGUGUCUCCUUCAGCCUAUGAAAUUAAAUUUAAAACUGACUUUACUCUAUUAAGUAAAUGCUAUUCGCAAUAACUUAUUUUAUAAUUAUACACAUCAUGAACUAAAGUGUAGUCGAAUUAUACAAUUAUUGUAAGUCUACUUCUUGAAAUUCAUUAUGAGAUUAGACUGAAAUACUGGUGGUUUCAGAGGAAAAAUUGAAAAUUAUUGCAUCUAAUGAAAGUGCUGCAAAAGAAUAGUUUAGUCUCAGAUAUUUUUCCCCACAUUAAUCUGUCCUUUGAUGCUUACUUCCAUAAUUAUGUUUAUGUGGUGGAAUAUUAUAUUGAAAUUAGAAGAAUUCAACACUGCUCUUGGUAUAUUUUAAAUAUAUGGAACUUAAAAAAAAAACACACAAUUCAUUUUCUUUUUCUGAAAAGUUUUUGUUGUGGAUGUAACACGAAUAAUCAGUUGAGAUCAGUCUUUCUUUUUAAGCCUUUCAUCAUCCUACUUUAAUAUUUAAAAGGUGAUUGAUGAGGUUAAUUCUAAUUGAUCUAUAGAAACGUGUGUAGAAUCAUUUCAAAUAAGUUUUAAAUGUUUAACAAUCAACAAUACAUGUAAGAAAUCAAACCACUGCACUGGCAUUCACACUGUUAUUCUUCUUCUAGUCUAACUAAUUACACAUUCUCAUAAGCUCCCCCCCCCCCCCCACACCCAGAGCGUACAUAUGCGUGCACCCACGUGUGCGC